AUGGGCAUGGUUUUGCCUGGUGUCGUUGGCUUCAAGUUAACUGGGAAGUUAAGGAGUGGUGUCACCGCCACUGAUCUUGUUCUUACAGUGACACAAAUGCUAAGGAAGCAUGGCGUUGUUGGCAAAUUUGUUGAAUUCUAUGGUGAAGGUAUGGGUAAGCUAUCUUUAGCUGACAGUGCCACAAUUGCGAACAUGUCACCAGAAUAUGGAGCUACAUGGGCUUCUUUCCUGUGGACCAUGUUUUUGCGGUGCCCAAGAAAGCCUUUGAGUUGGGUCGUGAGUGGCCUUCAAGAAUACUUGAACCAGCAAGGAUUUCAUAUUGUUGGCUGUGGUUGUACCACUUGCAUUGGAAACUCUGGUGAUCUCGAUGAAUCUGUAUCAGCUGCCAUUACAGAAAAUGAUGUUGUUGCUGCUGUUGUUCUGUCGGGUAACCGUUACUUCGAGGGUCGUGUGCACCCUUUAACUCAGGCUAACUAUCUUGCUUCGCCACCUCUUGUUGUUGCUUAUGCACUUGCUGGAACUAUAAGUUUGUGUCUUCUCCCACAUAACUUAUUGUAG